GUGGACGGAGGAAAUAUAAUACAGAGAGUAAUUGACAAAUUUGGGGUGCACAUAGUGCCAAUUUUUUGGUGUCUCACAAAAAUUUUUCUUACUCAAAAUGGUUUGGUCACAUCCUAUUCCACGGAUCACUAGCAAAAAUGAAACCAACUCCAACAUCGCUUCUUCUCUGCUGCGUCUUCUUUCUCGCGGGAUCCGCCGCCGCCGGGCGGCGACCCCACGUCAUCAACUUCCGAUCAGAGAACCUGUUCCCGGAAUCCUUCACGUGGGACCCGCAGUCCCAGCACUUCAUCGCCGGCUCUAUUCGCCAUCCGGUGCUCGUCUCGGUCUCGGACGCAGGUGUCUCCGAGACCCUAAUCUCCGACGCGUCUCUUCCCCCAAAUUCUUCGAUCCGCGGCAUCGCCUUGGACCGCGUCCACCGCCGGAUCUUCGCCGUCGUCCACCUCCCUCCGUCCCCCGGAUCUACGGAACCCUUCAACGCUCUCGCCGCCUACGACCUCGUCUCUCUCCGACGCCUCUUCCUGGCGCCUCUCCUCGACGAAGACGGAACCAAUCCCAUCUCCGCCGUCGCGAGCGCCGUCGCAACAGAUUUCACCGGCAACGCGUACGUCACCGACUCCGGGAGAGAUCUCAUCUGGAAAGUCAGCCUCGACGGCGGAGCUUCCGUGCUCUCCAGAUCCAAGUCGUUCGGGUCGGAUCGGGUCGACACCCUCAAACCCGGCCUAAACGGAGUCGUUUACAGCUCCAAAGGAUACCUCCUGGUGGUCCAAUCAAACACCGGGAAGCUCUUCAAAGUCGACGCCGACACCGGCGGCGCAAGGGCCGUUCUCCUCAGCACAGAAUUAACGGAGCCCGGCGGAAUCGCCGUCAGACGCGACGGGGUGGCGGUGGUGGUCAGCCGCCAAAAGCUGUACUUCCUAAAGAGCCACGAUGGCUGGAUGGAGGCAGCGGUAUUUGACGAAACUGCCCUCGAAGAAGAGAGCUUCGCCUCCGCGGUGACGGUGGGGGAUGAGGACAGGGUAUAUGUGUUAUAUGGGCAUGUCGACGAGGGCAUGAUGGUAAAUGCGGAAAGGGAUGAUUUCGUGAUAACGGAGGUAGAAUCAGAGACGGAACGGCGUGGGGAUAACGUUUGGAUAUUUGUUGUGAUUGGUUUGGGUUUUGCAUAUUUUAUGUUUUGGAGAUUCCAAAUGCGGCAUCUUGUGGAAAGUUUGAACAAGAAAAAAGUUUGAUGGAAUUCGAGGGAAAAUGAGAAUACAUUUUCAUGUCUUUGUGGGACUCAACUUAAAAAAAUGUAGGGAUAAGAUAUUAGAGGAAUUUACCUAAAUAGCACUUAAAUAUAAUGAUUUUUCCUAAAUAGUACUACAUAUGUUUUUCUUCCCAAUGUAGCACUUUUAGUCAUUAUGUAUUAGUCAUAAUGACUAUUUAGUGCAAAUAUUUCAAGAUAUUAUUCUCUCCAAAUGUUUGGUACAUUCAUUUUAAAGUCCCACAUAUCCGUGUAAUAGAAUUUCGCCAAUAGAUUACAUCAGUCAUU